AUCAAGAAAAAUGAUUUCGAUAAGAAUAUUGAAGGCAAUGUGGCUUUUUUUGACUAUGCUGAUCGUCUACACUAUACCCUCUGUAUCUACUGAUGGUAAGUUCAAGUAAAUCUAUAUAUGAUAUUUAAUGUCACAAGCUGCGUAGUGUGUAUAUAAAUAUAUAUAAUAUUGAUAGUUUGUAUGUGUGUCUGGUUAGUUCCAAUCAUGCAGAGAUGGUGUCUUUAGUGUAUACAUCCGAUAUUUAAAACUUCCAAACAGAUAUUUAUAAAAAAAUAAUAUGUAUGUCCACACCAAAGAGAUGUUCUUUAAUAAAAAAUAUCACUUAAUAUGCAAUUUAUGUCCCUUUUCCCAUCUAAUAGGCAUUGUUAAGUUGCAGUCACUAAUGUAUCUUAAAUUUUAAUAAUUUGGCACCAGCAUCUAAUAGCAUCUGAAAAGAUUUACGUUUUAACUUCUGCCAUUUGCUAAUUACUAAUGGCUAAACAUUGCAUUUUGGAACAUGAAAAUGAUCAUUAACGUUGGCAACCAAAAUCUUUGCAAUGAGUUCCAAGCAAGUAAACCUGUUAAAAAAAAAAAUAAAAAAAAAAUUUGCAAUUACGAUAGGAAUACUAUAGCGUUAGAAAUAGAAACAUGUUUUCCUAAUACUAUAGUGUCCUCCUCCCUAUUUAGAUUCAGGGUUCCCCCCGAAAUGAAAUUAGAAAAAAAAGAAAAAAAUAGUAUUAUUUUUAAUGCCAAGAAUCACUUGAUGCGAUUGCUUACUCCACCUCCAGUUAUGUCAUCUUACAUACAUCACGUUCUUGGUUUCUCAUUCAAUGCAAUGCUUCUCUCAGAGAAGCAUUGUGUAUGUGCUUGCCAGUUAAUCCUAUGAUCAGCAUUGGAUAAGGUUCAUCGUCGACUGUCACAUAAUCGAGUCAAACACGGUCGUUGCCAUGGCAGCACCGUUUAUUGGUUGUCAGCAAGAUAGUCUGUAGAGGUGUGCUUAGCCUUGCCAUCAAUUCAUUGUUGUAUCCAGUGAACAACAAUGGUUUAGAUGUCAAAACUAAAAUGACAAACGGUCUGCACCCACACCACUUCAUUGCGAUUAAAUAGCAUGAGUACCAUUAGUGUCCAUUUAACAAUUAACAUGCCAAGAAGCCCUCGGCACUAUUUUGUGAGCAUGCAAGUGCAAAAACAUGUUCAACAAGCUACAAAAAACAAGAAAGACUCAGUCCCGUGUUCAAUACAACACACUUAGAGUCUCACAAACUAAAAUAUCCUGGUUUUCAUGGUUAUUAUUUCAAUAAACCAUACCCUGCAAUCAUGGCCAGAUUUACCAUUAGAUGAGUAGGCACCUGCCUACAGGUGCAUGUUUGAUAGGAGUGCCACGGGUGCAUACUCUGCCUGUUAAUAUCCCCUAUCAGUAUGCGUGAUUGCUGAAUUAAAGGGACACUGUAGGCACCCAGACCACUUCAGCUCAUUGAAGUGGUCUGGGUGCAGUGUCCCUGUCAGUUUACCCUGCAAUUGUAAUUAUUGCAGUUAUAAUAUGCAAUAAUUACCUUGGAUGGUUAACUUCACCUCUAGUGGCUGUCUACCAGACAGUCAGCAGAGCAGCCUCCGGGUCAAUAGGCAUCAGCUAAAACCCCAUCAGAAAGCAUUGAAUCAAUGCUUUCCUUUCGGUUGUCCUGAUGUGCUUGCAACACAGAACAUUGGCACUGGAUUCCGGUAAGUGAAUUAAGGGUUUUUAACCCGUUGAGUAUUUUGGUUGAGGGGUGAGAAGGGGCGGAAGUGAGGAACGCACUGUAUAGAGCUAAAGUGCUAGGAAUGCAAUUUUGUGUUGCCAAAAGAAAAGAAAAAGCCAAAAGGUUUGUUGCCUGAUAUCGAAACAAACUAAAUUCUCCUUACUGAUUUAAGAAUUCACAUCACCUGUAAUCUGACAGGAGUUCAGAGUAUUGAAAUCUAAAUCAUGUUUUUAUUUAUUUUGUUUUAGAUCAAAACAAAUGUUACUGUUCGAUACCGGUUUAUGGUGACAAUUUGGAAAUCAGAGAAGCAGAUGUGAGAUACAGCCAUAAAGUUGACCAUAAAGAAUGUCCAAAUCUCAGAUCUAUUGGUUCGAAUUGUAAUGGAUGCUUUCAUGAGAGUAAAACAUUAUGUGUGUAUUGCCGGGAAAAGAAUGAUGGAGAAUGCCCAAUAAUCUUUGCAGAACAAGGCAGUGGGAGAGUUGUUCCUGAAAGGCAUCAUCUGAACCAUGCAAGUAAGGAUCUUUCCUACAACAGGGGCCUGAUUUGCCAGGAAUCAGUGCAGGAGCAUAUAGGUGUUUCUAAUUUUGUUUAAAUUUGAUACAUGGUGACUGUAUUUUCUGACUGUAAUUUUUUUCAUGUACAGAUGGACAAAAUGAAUAUUGCGCUUCUAGGCUCCAAUUUGAAUCCUCCGAAUCACAGAGCGGGCAAGGUAAAAAUUCACAUUUAAGUAAGUAGGACCACCUACAGACAGGGCCAGCCUUAGACUUAGGACAUGUGUGGAAUACUUAGAAGACAUGCCCACCUUGCUCAUCAUCACUCUAUUUUUUAUAUAUUGUUUGUUUAUACAGAUAAUUAAUUAAAAACAAGUAAAAAUAAAUAAAAGAAUACUCCCUUGGGCAAAUUCUUACCAAUCCAGGAAUUGACUGAAACACAUUUACCAACCCUUGUCCUUUUAUUACUUCCAAAGGGACGGGUAAACAAAUCCCAUAAACCUAUAUUCUCCUUCAUAUCGUGUUGUGCAUUUCUCUCUCUCUUCCUUCUCCCAAUCUUCCAGCCCUGCCAAAAACUGACACAUAAAUCGAGCUCUUUCCAAACCUCUGCAGCCCCUAACCCCCUGUUACAGCCCCUGACCUAGCUUUUUAAUCCCUCAAACCCCCAACUCCCUACAGCCCCUAUCCCCCUGCUAGAGCCCUUAAAACCCACUCCACUACAGCCCCUAACCCCCAACACUCCCACCUCCCACUGAAACUCUUACUCCACCCACCCGCAGGCCCUACCCUUUAAUUAUAGCCCUUAUCCACCCACUAAGGUCUAGUGGGGAGUAGGGGCUGAUGUGUGGGGACAGGAGCUGCCCCUAAUCCACAAUGUGACACUUCCCCUACAGAUACUAAUCUUCCACAAUAGCAUCUAUCAUCCCACUAAGGGAGGAUAGAGGGGGUGGGGUUAGACGCUGUAGGGGGGGUUAGUGGCUAUACCGGGAGGGCACCAGCACACCCCUGGCACACUACACAGGGCUCCACAUCACUAAAUAUUUUAUUUUGUUAUUUGGAGCUCACUGUUUUAUUUUUGCCACGUAAUCUAUUCCUCUAUCUAUUCCUCCCCUCCUAUCUAGCCACUGAUCCUUAUGCUCUUCCUCUCACUCCCACUCAUGCCUUGCUCGCUCACCCAUCUCCCUUCUCUCUUCAGAUCAUUCCUCCAAUCAUUUCAACCCAUCCCUCCCCUACACUCAUCACGUCUUCUCGCCACAUACUCCUACCACUGCCACUCAACCAUCACUUCCUCUCGCCACAAACUCCUACCACUGCCACUCAACCAUCACUUCCUCUCGCCACAUACUCAUACCACUGCCUCUCAAGCAUCACUUACUCUCGCCACAUACUCCUACCACUGCCACUCAACCAUCACUUCCUCUCGUCACAUACUCAUACCACUGCCACUCAACCAUCACUUCCUCUCGCCACAUACUCAUACCACUGGCUCUCAAGCAUCACUUCCUCUCGCCACAAACUCCUACCACUGCCACUCAGCCAUCACUUCCUCUCGCCACAUACUCAUACCACUGCCUCUCAAGCAUCACUUACUCUCACCACAUACUCCUACCACUGCCACUCAACCAUCACUUCCUCUCAUCACAUACUCCUACCACUGCCACUCAACCAUCACUUCCUCUCGCCACAUACACCUACCACUGCCACUCAACCAUCACUUCUUCUCGCCACAUACUCCUAUCACUGCCACUCAACCAUCACUUCCUUUCGCCACAUACUCCUGCCACUGAAGCAUCACUUCCUCUCGUCACAUACUCCUACCACUGCCAUUCAACCAUCACUUCCUCUCGCCAUAUGCUCCUAUCACGGCCACUCAACCAUCACUUCCUCUUUCCUUCUCUCCCCAUCCUCUGAUCCCUACCACCUUACUCAACCUGCUGUCACUCAAACUCAUCCCUUCUUCUCUGCAACCUUCAAUCAUUCCCUCCAUGUCCACUUCUAUCACACCCACAUAUUUACCUAUUCUUAUCACUCCCAUUCCAACUUCCAUUCUCACUUACUGCCUACAUGCACUAGCCCUCCCAGCUACCCAUACAUGUGUAGCUGAGUAGCUAUGUGUGAGUACAUACGAGUAAUAUGUUUAGGUAGCUUUUAGGGAUGUGUGUGGCUGUGAUGGGAAUGGGAGUGAUAAGAAAACCUACAACCACACAGGUACAAAUACAACACUUACAGCCAUCCCACACCUAUGCAAAACAAAGUAACCCCUGGCACACAGCCUGCUAAAAAUUAUUCCUGCGUGCACACCUUACUGAAAUAUUCUGCUCAGCCUGUGGUUACCAUUAUUUAUAGGUGAUUUUAAAAGUUUUAUUCCAUGGUGAAGAGAAGUAAGGCACAUUUUUUUAAAGGAACAAUUUGAGCACCAUAACAACUUAAUUGAAAUUUAGUUGUUAUGGUGUCAUGAUGCCUUUGGCGCUGUCUCAGUCCCUGGCGCUGAAUCUCCCUGCUUUUCUGCCCUUCUAAAUAAAACAAAACUCUUGCGGAAUCAAGAAGCCGUGCCGCUGAUUGGCUGAGAGAGGUCAACUGACGAUGUUAGCCAAUCAUUUAAUCCCAAUUCAUAAAAUUGUCUUGAAAGAAAUAUACCUUGUUCAGGCCAGUUUCAUGAAUGGGGAUUCACUGAUUGGCAUGGAGCGUCAGCUGACCUCUCUCGGCCAAUCAGCGGUGCCACCGCCGGAUUGUGCAAGUGCUUUCCGAGUUAGAGAUUUUUUUUAAAACAGAAGGUCAGACACAGAGAUUCUGUGCUGGAACUUUGGUGUUAAAACAGUCAAGAAGGUUAAACCUCUUAAGGUGAGACAGUGCCAAGGACCUUCUGACACUUUAACAACUACAUUUAAUAAAGUUGUUAUGGUGCUUUAUUGAUUCCUUUAAUGUAAUUUUUUUAAAAAGAUAUAUUUCUAAAAUAAAAUAACCCCCCCCCCCAAAAAAAAAAAAAAAUGAUUACAUUGAUUUCUCUCUCAAUUUAGAGAAUAAGAACUCUGGAUCAAAAUACUCUGCUGGGUCAAAAGAGCAAUCAGCCUCAUUUUUGCUGGUGAUGGCGAUAACUGUGGUAACUGUUUUAUGGAUUCACUGGUAAGGAAUCUGUUACUUGUAUCGUUCACUUCAAAUAUAGUCAAGAGUAGUACUACAAUGGCCAUUUGAGAACUAGUGAGUAGAGUUGAGCAGACACCUGGAUGUUCGGGUACGCCAGAUUCGGCCGAACUUCGGCAAAAAGUUUGAGUUCGGGACUUGAACUUGACCUGAACUUGACCCCGAACCCCAUUGAAGUCAAUGGGGACCCGAACUUUGGGCAUUAAAAUGGCUCUAAAAAAGUCCUGGAAAGGGCUAGAGGGCUGCAACAGGAAGUAAAAUGUAUUGCCUAAGUACUAAUAUACUUACCCAGUGGAAGAAGAAUGUUACACUGUAUACAAUUUUAAAUAAAAAGUAUUCAAACAUAGCCAGGAUUCAGCUGUAAGCAUUUGCAACACUUACAACAAUCAAGUAACACACAUUCAUAUAAAAUGUAAGUUACUUAGCCAGUCAAUGUAAUGACAGGAAUGAAUAAGUAGAUAACUCCCUAAUUCCCACGGUAUUAGAGAGCUAUCUACGAAAAGGCUGAAAGACCUGAAUUGGUCUUUCAGCCAAAUUUACUAAUACUAAGUAAAGAUUACUUAGUAUUAGUAAAUUAUGCCCCUACUCACUAUACCGCAAGUAGGGACAUAUCUAUGAAACAGUGAGCAGCCUAUGGCUACUCACUGCUAAGAAAGAAAGUUUUCCCCCUCCUGAGCCCCUACCCCUGAACGGCGGGUGGGUCGCCCCCCCCCCGGCCCCCACCCCCGAGCGGCAGGUGUGGGCCCUAAAGUAAAAUAAUGGGGGGGGACCUAUUGUCGCCCCCCCCGAGCGGUGGGUGAGGGCUCUAAAUAGCAAUUAGGGGGGGCCUAAUGUCUUCCUCCCUGGGGGCCCUAAAUUAGAAUAGGGGGGCAACCUAAUGUCCUCCCCCCUGACCCCCACCCCUGAGCAGUGGGUGGGGGCCCUAAAUAAAAAUUGGGGGGGGAACCUAAUGUCCUCCUCCAUGGCCCCCACCCCUGAGCGGUGGGUGGGGGCCCUAAAUUAGAAUAAGGGGGGACCUAAUGUCCUAAUGUGGGCCCUAAAGUAAAAUAAUGGGGGGGGGGACCUAUUGUCGCCCCCCCCGAGCGGUGGGUGAGGGCUCUAAAUAGCAAUUAGGGGGGGGCCUAAUGUCUUCCUCCCUGGGGGCCCUAAAUUAGAAUAGGGGGCGACCUAAUGUCCUCCCCCCUGACCCCCACCCCUGAGCAGUGGGUGGGGGCCCUAAAUAAAAAUUGGGGGGGGAACCUAAUGUCCUCCCCCCUGGCCCCCACCCCUGAGCGGUGGGUGGGGGCCCUAAAUAAAAAUUGGGGGGGAACCUAAUGUCCUCCCCCCUGGCCCCCACCACUGAGCGGUGGGUGGGGGCCCUAAAUACAAAUUGGGGGGGAGCUAAAGUCCUCCCCCUGGCCCCCACCCCUGAGUGGUGGGUGGGGGCCCUAAAUUAAAAAAAAUAACCCUUCCUCCCCCAGGUGACUAGGGGUCCCCAAACCCUUAGUCACCCCCCUCCCCCCAAAAAAUAACCCCUACCUACCCCCCUCACCCUAAAAAUAAUGAGGGGAACCAUUAGCUAAGUACCUUUAAAAAAAUAAAAAUAAAAAAUUAAAUAAAACUUACCAUUUGAUGUUUUCUUUCUUCUAAAAUCUUCUUUUUUCUGCCCCCCAAAAAGGCUAAAUAAAAAUCCAUAAUAACCGACGCACUUUAAAAAAAAUAAAAAAAAAAUAAAAAAUCCAUCUUCACCCACGGAGGGCUCCGCGCAGACUGAGCUCUGCAGGGCGGGGGAAGGCUUAUAAAGCUUUGCCCCGCCCUGCAAUUAGGCUCAGAGCACUCUGGUGGGUUUAAGCCAACCAAUCAGAGUGCUCUGACAGGUAAAUGAAGAGACUGACAGGUAAUUCUCUACAUUUACAUGUCACAGCACUCUGAUUGGUUGGCUUGACAUCCACCAAUCAGAGUACUCUGUCAUUUUAUACAGCGUGGGAAAGUUCUUUGGAAUUUUCCCACGCUGUGUAAUUUGACUCAUAACACUCUGAUUGGUUACAGAGUUUUAUUUAGGGCCCUCACCCACCGCUCAGGGGUGGGGCCAGGGGGAGGACAUUAGGUCCCCACCCAAUUUUUAUUUAGGGCCCCCACCCACCGCUCAGGGGUGGGGGCCAGGGGGGAGGACAUUAGGUCCCCCCCUUAUUCUAAUUUAGGGCCCCCACCCACCACUCAGGGGUGGGGCCAGGGUGGAGGACAAUAGGUUCCCCCCCAUUAUUUUAUUUUAGGGCCCCCCAUCCGCCACUCGGGGGUGGGGGCCGGGGGAGAGGACAAAAAAUAUUUUUAACAGUGUUUAAUAGACAUUCCCCUACUAGCUUAUAUAGAGGCUGGGUCACAUGCUGCACUGGCCAAUCACAGCCAUGCCAUUAGUAGGCAUGGCUGUGAUGUCUUCUAAGGGCACGCGAGUUAAAUGCUUGUUGAUUGGCUGCCCUGCAGCUUUUCAAAACGCGCCAUUAAAUCACCAAACUCGAACCUGAACUGUUACUGAAAUGUCCAGGCUCGGGUUUGGGUUAAAAAAAUCGUAAUGUUCGCUCAACUCUACUAGUGAUGCUUGCCAAUAAACAGCUAUGUGGCGAGUCUCCAUUUUCUGCUUCUAGCAUUUAGUCAUUCUCUGUUGGAAUUCGUCAUGGAAAACUAUACUGUAGUGGACUGAAAAUUGAAUACCAUAAUUUAGUCUAGCAUAGGCCAAGCUGUGACUAUAGUUGUGUUCGAAAAUGUUUUCAAAAUAUCUAUUUUCGCAACUUAGUUUACAAUCCCCUGGAAUUCACUGUUUAGUGAAUAACCACUUAAUAUUCACUGAUACUUAGCACUCACUUAUCUCAACACCAGAAAAUGUUUCAGUCAGAUGUCUUUUUCCAGAUCCAGUACCUGUAAAUGCCAUAUUGGUGGUGGUGGUGGUAUGGGUAAACUGGUUUGAAUGUGUAAGUAUACCAGUGAAAGUGUGUGUGCGCUAGUGAAAAGGUGUGUACAUAACAUUGUGUGUGUUUGACAGUGAAUGUGUGUGUGUUAGUGAGAGUGCAUGUUAAAUUUGUGUCCAUUUCAUAUAUUGGAAGGCAUGGCCUGAAGUUGUGGGAGGGGCUAUAGACUACUUAAGGGACUCCCCCCUUCCCUUACUUACCUUCGUUGGUCUAGACAAACAGCGUGAUACUCGCCAGCUUCUUUCUCUUCCGGCUCCCUGUUGCGUGACGUCACUUCCGGUGAGAGGACAAAAAAGCGGCACUUUGUCGAUGUCACACCGUGAGUACCACUGGCUCCACAGCCCGACCGGCUCUCCAGCCCGGCCCGACCGGCUCUUCAGCCCGGCACCACCGGCUCCACAACCCGACCGGCCUCUCUCACCACCAGCUCGUUGGGGCGGUAAGCCAGGGGGUUUUUACUGGCUGGAAAGCACGGGAACAGGUACAGAGACUCCAUUAUCGUUAGGAGUCCCUGUUCCCGGCCGGGAAGGUUAGUUUGGGUCUUUGGGGGGGCAAACUACACGGCAUGAGCGGGAACAGGCCUCACAGACCCCUAUAUCGUUAGGGGUCGCUGUUCCCGCCGGCAUCACACAGGGAAAAGGGGGGAAGUGGGCUGGGUCGUCUGAGUAAGACCCAGUCUGCCUGUUUUGCAUAAGUUAAAGGGGGAAGGAGGGCAUGGUACGGGUCUGAUGCUGGCUGACCCUUAGUUCAGCCAUAAGAGUAUUAUACAUAUAUAUCUCAUUACAAAUGCCUUUAAUUCAGUAAAUACUGUGUUGUUCUGUAUAUACUGCUUGUAGAACUCUGGUUAAUUACAUUAUAUAUUGUACUACAUGCUUGACAAAUAUGGUAGUUAUAAUAGUAUAUGCAUUACUUACGCUGAUUAGAUAAUACAAUGUCUGCAUUGAUAGUUGUAAAACUUUAAGGUUUUAAGAUAAUUAACCCUUUUGAUGUUAAAGUACAUUGGCUACUGGUGGCAUUGUGUCUGUAGUGGGGACAGUACUCUCUGCGGUCACCCCCUAAGCGCUUACUACUUUCAGUUAUACAAUCUUAUGUAUAUGUCCUACAAGAAUACAUUAUCUGAAUUCUCAUACCUCCAGGAACCUCGAAUAACCCUAAACAGGUCAUCUAAGCUAAACCCCCCCUACUUAAGAGACUUCUGAUUUCUCUUAUACAGAAGCCAGGGCUCACUGCAGGUAUGUUGGUUCACGUUAUUUUCAACACGGCCGUUUAGUUAUUUUCCCUGCCCCUUAGUCCUAGCGGUCCACGAGGCCAACUCCCAUCCUCCACUUCGAGGUACUAUACGCCCCUCAGGCCAAAUCAUAGUUAGCCGCCUUGCAAAUUAUAUAGAGAGGGCGACACCAGUCACCGCCAAAUACCCCCCCCCGUCUACUCAUGGAGAGGCCAACGUCCCAUCACCGGUGUAGGUUACCACGCCCCUCGCGCCAACUCAUAGAUAGAGCCUCUCUAGCCACUUGGCAUUAGCAGGGCCUCACCUGCCACAAAACCUAGAAUAAUCUUUCACCAUCUGGCACUAGCUAGCCACCUGUUAAGUCCCAACCCUGGUUACCAACAUGUCUAUUAUAUAUUUUCAGUAUGUCCAUACUCCCAGACGAUGGUGAGGAUAUGUCAAUCCCAAGCACCCCUGCUAGGUCACUUACCCCGACUCGCAAGGGCGACAUGGGAAGUCCCUCGUCCAUCAGAUCAUGGACUAUCCCCCACAUCACUGGAGAAUUACGUAAACGCAGUAUCCCCUUCCCGGCUACUGCCAGGAAAGCAGAACUGUUCAAAUUGCUAAGAACCGAUACCCUUAAUACAGACGCAGGGGAAGGCACAAGCAGCUCUCAAGAUCCGACUCUCCAUGCUAUGGUUGCCUCCCUAAUCUCUUCUAUGGGGAACGUCAACGACAGGCUGGAGAGGCUGGAAGCCCGUAGCUUCCCCGUACAGCCUCCUGGCCCUCUCACCGAAGUAAUCCCGGCCAUACCCACAGCAAUAGCGGGUAAUUCCAUAUCCAUUAAGGCAGCCGCCCACGUUAUUAAGCCUGCCCACAUGGUUAAAAAGGACACCCUGGAAAGCAAGGCCGUUAACUUAGUCUCACUGCUCAUUGCCUCCCAGGAUAUUGUGGAAAACCGGUCUUACGACUACGGGGACAUCUCGUGGUGUUAAAAGCCAGAGCCCCCAGACUCAGUAAGAAACUGGCCAUUCCUGAUUUUGUUCUGGCCUUCGGUAUCUUUAGAGAUAUUCUAUGCACGGUUCAUCCCCAUAGGAGGGAGGAACUGGAUCUAUAUAUGCAUAAGCUGGUGGACCUUGGUAAUAAGUAUGGUGGCUAUACUUUUUACGACUAUCACAAGUCCUUUUCAUCAAAAGUGUCUGCCACAUUGUCCCAGUACGGCAUCCAGAUGGAUUGGAGCCAACUGGACAAUGAACUAUUCCUCAGACAUUUCACUGGGCUUAGGACACCAGCUUGUGCCAUAUGUAUGUCACCCGCUCACGCAGCUAAUUUUUGCCCUCUCUGUCGGACAGUGCUCCCGGCUCAUCCUUACAGCAUCCCCCAAGGGCUGAGAACAGACCAGAGACAAACUGGGUCGUCCAGUAGUGUACCUAGGCAAAUCUCAGAUUUGCAAUAAUUUCAACGAGGGCUCCUGCGGUUACAGCGCCUGCCGCUUAUUACACUUAUGCUCGCAUUGUUUCAGGGCACAUGCGAAAUCUAUGUGCCCUAAUAAAAUGUACCAGAAACCUUAUUUGUCUCUGGUGAACGUUCCUGUGCUUGCAUGUAUGCUGUCCACUCACCCCUCCAAACACCUCGUUGAAUUUUUAUGUACAGGUCUCACCCAGGGUUUUCACACAGGGCUCAUUUACAUGCCAACAGGGGUAUUAGAGUGUCACAAUUUACAGUCUGCCACAAAUCACCCUACUGCAGUCACCACAUUGUUAUAACUGGAAGUGGAUCAGGGAUUUGUCAUUGGGCCUUUUGGUAACCCCCAUUUUUCCAGCUGGAGAACUAACCCUAUUGGGCUGGUUUCCAGCAAAAAUUCUGAGAAACUAAGACUCAUCAUUGACUUAUCCGCACCCCACUCCUCAGCCAUCCCCAGCCUAAACUCAUUGAUUCCAUCUGAGGAAUUUUCCCUACAAUACUCCACUAUUCCACUAUUCCACUACAAUACUCCACAGAUCGGAAGGGUGGGGGCUUGGCUUAGCAAGACGAUAUUGUGAAUGCUUUUAAAUUAUUACCUAUAGACCCCUCUUUGUGGCACCUGCAUGGCGUUAAGUGGCAAGACGCUUACUACUUUUUUACAAAGCUCACCUUUGGGGCCAAGAGUAGUCCGAGGAUUUUUGACACGUUCACAGAAGCUUUGUGUUGGCUCCUCCUCAAUACCUGCAGGUGCCCAAAUGUGAUACAUUACUUAGAUGAUUUUCUUUUCAUAGAAUCUAAUUCCAACCCCCUAUGUAGUCUAGACAAAGCAGUCAAACUAUUCACCUCCCUUGGUGUCCCCGUGUCACCUACUAAAACCGAAGCACCAGACACAAUUCGACCGCUGACCUCCAGAUGUGGUACAAAUUCCUCUCGGACUGGAAUGGGAGGAGCAUGUUCCUCCCGCAGAUUGAUUCGCAGUCACCGGUCAUUUGGACAGACGCGGCAUCAUCCGCGGGAUAUGCGGCCAUUUUCGGCACAGCAUGGCUCUGGGGGACCUGGCCUACAGAAACACAGGGCAUUAAGGGUUUUCACACUAACUCAGCCCUAUUUGAAGUAUACCUGAUAGUUGCUGCAGCUGUCACUUGGUGUAGGUUAUGGAAAGGUCAGUCCGUACGCUGCUUUUCUGACAACCUGGCAAUAUGCCACAUUAUCAAUAAGGGUCACUCUUCCUCCUUGGUGAUUAUGAGUUUCCUUAGGAAACUGACGUGGCUGGCGGCUACUCAUCAGUUCCACAUUGUAUGCUCUCAUGUUCCUGGCAUAUACAACACGGCAGCUGACCAACUAUCUCGCUUUCAAUUUCAGGCUUUCAGACUGUCCCUACCCUCGGCAGCUCGUGUAGCAACUCCAGCUCCAACUUUCCAAGCCGUAGCACACAUAAGGUUUGCAAAAUAUACAGUUCAAACUUACUGUGUGUGUCAAAAAGGCAGAAAAAAAUCUUACCACUACACUUGACAAGCUAGCGAAAAAUUAUCCCACGCUAAGGUUCAAAAUAUGCCUUUUGAAAUACCCUUGGGUGUCUUCUUUAAGAAAUAGUAUGCCUUUUUGGGGUAGUUGGAAAAAGCAGCCUGUUAAAAUAUUUAAAAAUAGAAUACGGACCCAUCAAAACUAUCUAUGAAAAUUCACACUUAAAAAUCUGAAAUUGACAGGUCUCUUUUACAGCACUGUAACUUCAGAAAAUCAUGUCUAGGUCAUACAUUGGGCAUAUUAUUUUAUUCAGAAGAGGUAACUGAGCAUACGUAAGGGGAAUUUAUGACCGUGGCACUUAUCAAAUGUACGAAAUACCCAGCGAAAUGCAACAUAUACGUAAAAAAAUCUAUCUUUUUUUCUCAACACAAAAUUUGAAAUAAAUUGGUGAAAAAAUGGUAGCAAGUUAAGAUAUAAUGUAUGCCUAAUAAGAUACCCUGUAGUGUCUGCUUUCUCAAAUGGAAGGCCUUUUGUGGGGUUAUUUUAACAGUCAAAUGGCUUUAAUGCCACAAAUUCAGACAUAUGACCAUCUAUGAAAAUUCUAACUAUAGAAACUGAAAUAGCAUGGUCUCCUAUAUGGCAUUGUAGCUUCACAGAAUAGUGACAAAGGCAUGCAAUGGGGGUAUCAUUAUACUCAGUAGAUGUAGCUGAACACAAUAUGGGUUUCUGUGCAGGAAUAGCACACACCAGCUUUACGAAAUACACAUUACAAAAAACCUUGUUAUAUGUGUAUAUGCCAAAAUAGACACAAUUUUACGCCAAUCUUCAGAGACUGGCGGUGAAAUGGUUAUGUAAAAAGUGUCAAAAUAACCUUAGGUAAGUAGCCUGUGAUGUCUACUUUAUAUAAAUAUAUACAUUUGUGUGGUAAUUUUGUUUUCUGUUAUGGCUACUAAACCUACAAGACAAACAGCUUCUAAAAUUGUUUCACAUUAACAUUUUAUUUUAGUCCUUGUAUUUUGUGACCUGUAACUUUCAAAAUAAUUUUAAAUCCUAUACAUAUGAUGUACUCUAUAAAUCAAGACACAUAAAUUAAUUUAUUUUGAAUAACUUUUCCUAAGCUGGACAUAUUAUGCACAAGCUAUUAUUGCCAAAAUUUGGAAAAAAAUAUAUUUUUUUGGUUUUCUUUUUCCCAUUAUUUUGCAUUUUUUUGUAAAACAUGCAAAUUUAUAUAUGUAUAUGUCACACCAAAUUAAAGCAAUUUUUGUUGUCUAAAAACGGUAUAUAAUAUGUGUUGGUACAAAAAAUGAGUGAGAUGCAAAUUGCAGUUGAACACAAACAGCAAAACAUGCAAAAAUUGCUGUGUCCUUAAGGGGUUAAAGACACAUUGAAAUAAAUAUUGUUGUAAAGCUCUGAGAUUUACUCAUACACAAAACAAUCCCUGGGAAAAAAAGAUCACAGAGUAAGCAAACAGUAAUAUAAUGUUUUUUUAAUUUAAUGUAUAAUUACCUUUAAAUAUUACAAUAUAUGAUAAAUAUAAUAUAUGAUGAUCUAUGUAUGGAAUGGACAACAUUCUUUUUGUGUGAUGGGGACAAAUUGUCAUCCCAUUGGUCAAUACACAUAGCUUAAAAUAUAUUUAGUAAUUUACCUAAUGUUACCUACUGUUUUUUUUUCUUCUUUUUAAGCAUUUAGAAAGUAAAAAAAAAUGAAUUCCAAGGCAGCUGAAGAUGUAAUAGUUGCAUUCUUGGUCUGGAGAAAAGUACUACUUCCAUUGACUUCAGUGUCAUUCCUUUCAAUGAGAUGCGUGGAGUAUAUCUCAAACCCUGGAGACCCAGCUAAUGUAUGACAGAUUGGUUUCUUUUAAUGAUGUCUGUUUUUAAUGUCACUUGCAUGUUUAAAAAUAGGCCAUGAUUCAUGUUUUUCUUGGUGCACCUGAGUUGACUUGAGCUGUCAUUAUUCCUGGCAGAAUCAACGAAAUAGGACCUUAAGGUAUUUACAAAAAAAAAAAAAAUACAAGUCACUUAAAUUUAUAUUAUUCAUUGUUGGAGAAUCUGUACAGCACAAAUCCAGAUAAUCUCAUGCAAAGUGAAUUUGCAUCUCCUUUGAAGGUACACUCCACACACCUAAAUAAUUUCAGCUAGCUGAAGUGGUUUACGUGUGAAGAGUGUGUCCUCUUUUUCAUGUUACAAAAAGUGCAGACUUCAAUAGAAACUGUUACUUUUAUAAAUUGACCUUGUUACACACCCCUAUGUCUUUCAUUCAGACAACUGGUUCUGUUACUUCCUGGUUUGGUUAGCUCAGUGGAGCUUAACUCAAGAGGCAGUAAAUGCCCAGACCAGCUACACUGCAAGGACUUCUGAUUGAGAUGCAUUGGGAAGUCUUUGAUUUAACAGCCAUAUAAAGUCUGGGCAGGGUUAGAAGGGGAAGGCUUGCAAAGGCUUCAGACAAGAGAUCUGCAGCUUUUGCAGUCUGUUAUUAGACAUACUCCCAAUGAAAAAAUGCAUAAUUAUAAGUUUGCAUGUUUUCAUUAGGGGAAAAAUAUAUUAAAUAGUUUUUUUGGGGGGUUGGGGAGUGGAGUGUUCCUUUAAGAAAUUCACCAUGGGUGAAACUUAAGUCACAAGAUAUUUUCCAAGUCCACCAUUUGUUUUUUAUCCAAAUAAUGAGCAGAGUCAACUCAGGUCAUACUCAAAUUACACUACAGUCCCUCUUUGUUUUUUUUAACACGAUUUCCGACUUUAAAAAUGGUUUAGUGAAUAAACAAUAUAUCACAAUUGUACUGUAUUCAAAAUAAUAAUGUAAACGGUCAUUGAUUGAUUUUCAAUACUGUAAAGGAUGUUUCAAAUUAAGAUUCACUGUAGAAUGACAUCACAUGAUCAAUCUGUGUAUACAGCAGCCAUAUCAUUUGUUUAAACUCUUAAGAACCAAUGACAUAAUACUAUUUCAGAGCAAACCAGAUCCUGUAUAAAAAUGUAAGUCCCACUAAUUUAAUUGGAUUUCAAAAGCAAAGUAAGGGUAUUCUAUACUGGUGUAGUUUCUCUUUAGGAUCAAAUUAUGAAUGGGAUUCUUAUAUGGUUGAACAUAUGCAUUGCUAUCCUUAAAAUGUGUACCAAUAUAAGUAAGAGAUUUUAUGCUAUAGCUUUUAUAACUUCAGACUUUAUUUUCUGCUUUUUUUGUAUUCUAUUAAGUUUUUUUUUUUUAUUUUUUUUUUGGAGGGGAGGUUUUUCACUACAAAGUGAAUUGUGAUAAUUUUUUAUUUAGGCCAUAUUAACUGACUUUGGAAAAAUAUAACCUGUUGUGAGUUCCUAACAGCUAAUUUUAAAAACACUAAACUAUCAAGGCACAGUCUGGCAUCUGAUGUAAAUCCUUAUGGCUCCCAUGAUGCCAUGCACAUAGGCCGUGAAGACACGUGUGCUGCACAGCAUCAUGGGAGCAAUAUAUGACUGAAUAUGUAUUCAUAUAGCAAUAUCGUGGCAGAUGUCUUCAAAGGAUGCAACUGUGCCGAGUAAAUCUUAUGAAGAUAUCAAAACCAGAUUCCACAAGUCCUGUGGACAUAAUCUGCAUUCUUCACUCAAAGAUACACUUCAAUACCAACAAGUUUUCUUGAUUUGUGCCACCAAUGCGGAGCUGACUGUUCCUCAUUAAAAACAAUUUUUUUAACUUGCCAAAAAUACUAGAUACAUUUAUAGUACUAUAGUCCUUCAACCCCAUCCAUUAAAUCACACCAUAGGCUGCCUAAUAGACGUCCAUGCUGCAAAGAGUAUUAUGCCUAUUUAACGCAUCAGGGAUAUGUGAAUGGGCAUUUGUAUGUUUAUUUUGACCUAACUGUCUAUUUAUUGAGCUCAGGCAUUAAAAGUAGCAAACACAAAGUAAUAUCCACGUUUCUCUGCAAAUCAAUACAUAGAAAUUAAAAAGAACAGAAUUUACUUGGUUUUGUUAUGUGCAUUAAAAUACAAAGCUCAUUAGCAGACUUGCUUUGUAACUCUGUUUAUGUAGGAAUUGUCAGUAGUAGUCUAUUCCUGGAUUAGUCCAUAAACCUGUCUGUUACUUUCUUAAAAUGUGGGUACUAAACUAAUUUGUGGUCAUUAGACACAAUUAUUUAUAUACAAUGUGUACAUACAAUAUAUAUGGGUUCGAAUCCCCACCUUCUGCAAUAAACGCACAGAGAUUUGGUGGAACAAAACCAUCUUUAGAGAGAUAUAUUAUUUGGAAUUUUAUAUAAGCGAAAUGGAAUUCCUGUUCAAAAAGCUAAAGUUAUCUUUGAAAGACUGCAAGAACACUAAAAAAAAUAAUAAUUAUUAUAAUAAUUUUUCCUAGCUGUAGCAUUAAUAAAAUGCAAAAAAUAAAAUUCUUAGAUCCAGAGGUUCAUUAACCUACAUGUAAAAUAACAUAAAAUGUUAAAAAAAAAUAAUAAUUCUAUUGUACUUUUGUAUAUUACUUUAUCUGUUGUUGUAGGCUUACUUUAUAAAAAUAUCUCCGCUAAAGGCUUAAGGCAGUGGAAUUAGAAAUCAUCGUAUAGUGAUUAUUAGUAGCUCCACACUGCCCUCUAGUGCUUUGCACGGAUAAAAGCAAAGACUGAUUAAAAUGAGAAUGGCACUAAGCUAUCAGCCUGCAACGUGGAAACAUUCGACUUCGUGUUAUGUAUUUACAAAUUAAAUAAAAAUAUACUUCCUAGAGAAUGUCCCCUCCUCCCAUUCCAUUACGAAAUGGAAAUCAAAAUUUACUUCAGGUAAAUCCCUCCAAAAGACAUAUUAAUAUUAUAUUUACUUAUUUCCCAUGUUUAACAAAUGUGUCUAUGAGAUGUGAAAAAAAAAAAAAAAUUAGAGACCCACACUUCUUUAUUCUGUGACUGGACACCUCCAUCUUAGCUCCCUGUCAAUCAUUGCUAUAAGCUCUGUCCUUUGCACCUGGCAGUCAGCAUACAGAAAGUAUUGUGGCAAAGAUGAAUAUAAUUGAAAAAAAUUUUCCACUUCAUUUGUAAUUUGUGUCCUGGCUGUGACUGGACUGAAUGAGAUGAACAGUCCAGUUUACUGUUGUGCACCAGAGUUGCAAUUCAUCACUGGUCUCCUCUCCAGGGAGAUGAAAUAUCUUGGCUUAUGUUUUGCAUGUAACAUGUGCACUUGUAGCAUGCACAACAUGGAAUAAAUUGGACUCAGUGAGCCUGAAGGGACUAUUCCAGCUGCCUGACAGGCUUAUUGGAAGGUCUGUAUUAUAGCUGCAAUGAGAUUUACAGAUUGCUGAAGUUCUAAGUCACUUUCAGAACUAAACGUGCAUGCAAGGUGCUUUCUGCAUACCUCCGAACUCUGGAAGCCCUCCUGGCUAUCAGCUUGACCACCAGGGGCAGUUUUCCCAAAUUAUUCUAUAGCAAAUUCCCAAAUUAUUGUAUAUCAAUUCAAAAGAGCGCACAUUUCUCUUCAAAUCAGGAUUUUUUUUUAUGACAAGUUAGGCAUGUAAUUAAAAUCUAAAUCACUUCAAAUGUUUCUUAUUGCACGGUGUGUCUAAUGUCAAAGUUCUCAUCUCCUGCUCUGUUAUUGUCUGGUAGAGCCUACAAUUACCAGGCAGGAGAUACAAAUUUCUAAAUUAAACACACUCUGCUGUAGAAAUUAAACUUUUUUUCUGCUUUGAGGCUGUGUAAGUCUCAGGCAGAGUGGGGUGGGGGGAAGAGGAGAAUUAGGUUGACAUAAACAAAGUGUUUUUACUCCUAAACUACAAAAAAAUUGACCUAAUGCAGAUCUAUGCACCAAAACUGUUUAAUGAAGCUAAAGUUGUUUUGGUGCAAUAGAGUACAGUAAGUUAGCUAUUUACUAACCUUUAAUGAACACAUAUUAUCUCUGCAGCAUUUAAGAUAAAUGUGAUUGGCUGGACUAUUGCACCAUUAAUUUUCCAUAGAAUUAGUGAAGCAAUGGAAUUUGCUUAAACACAUUUGCGUCAACAUUAUAAAACAACUUUUCACAGCCAGGAUUAUCUUUCACAGACAAUGAUCAUGAUCUUGACCCAGGUGGGGUCUAAAUGUCGAUAAUGAUUUUCACCACUUGAAAGUUUAUUUCAAUAAAUUUGCACCUUGUUGGGAAGAUCUGAUAGUACACUAACUUUUCAUUAGACUUUCUUCCUAAAACUACAUUAAUAGAAACAGAAAGUUCAUUGGCUGAUUUCUAUUUCAGACAAGUGGUAAUUCAUUCUAGUUAAGAUAUAUGAAUCAAUAUUUAUUUAUACCUUAUCUAUAUUCAGUCUUUUUUCCCCUAAAUCGAGGAAUGUAAAAUCAUUACAACAAACUUUAUAUUGAAGAAGAAGAAAGUUAGAAACACUUUAACCCCUUAAGGACCAAACCUCUGCAAUAAAAGGGAAUCUUUACAUGUCACACAUGUCAAGUGUCCUUAAGGGGUUAAAUGAUCGUUAUUCACAGCUUAAUAUGAAGUGCAUUAAAUAUAUGGGGUUUAUUCAGUAAAAUGGAUAUUGUGGGGAAUUUACUAAUACAUGAAAUUAUAGGCCGAGAGAGUUGAAAUAAAAUAAAGUUACGAGUUGCUCGUAAGUUGGAGAUUUUUCUCAUCUGCCCUGAUUUGUUUUAAAAUUUACAAUGACCAUUCUCCGGUAAUACGAUUUCGAUUAAAACAAGUCUUCUUAUAUUAUUAACCCCUUAAGGACACAACUUCUGGAAUAAAAGGGAAUCAUGACGGAAUAUUUCCGUCAUGUGUCCUUAAGGGGGUUAAUAUACAACAAAAUACUCUUUACCUACUUAAAUUGACACUAAACAUUUAUUCAGUGACUAAGGCUUGCUAGAUAGGGAGUGCAAGCUACAUUAAAACAUUAAAUAAAUAUUUUUUAUAUAUUAUGUUAAAAAAAUUAAUUUACAUUAAAUGCCAG